ACAGCUCGGAUCGAGAUUGGCUGGUUUUGGUUCAACCGAUUGAAAAGAUCCGGUUCAAAAGAGAAGUUUGCUCACGAAUCGGACUCCAACACUUCCUCGUUUCAUUUUCUUCACUGUACAAUGAGUAGUUCAGAACUAGGUGGAAGGAUUUGCCGCGAUUCUUGUUGUUUGCCUGUUACUCUUUAGACAUGUACGUUUAUAGUCUCAUAUUUCUGUGCUGUGUGAUAUUCGUAUCAGACGGCAGGCGCCUGCGUAAGAGAAGCGUCGACUGUACAGACGGGAUUUACCAACAUGAAGGGGAAACCUGCUGCCUCUGUCCCAAAGGUUACCGGGUCUCGCAUCACUGCACAAGCAGAAAUGGGACGACAUGUCAGCUGUGUGAUUCUGGCACCUAUAAGGACCACCCGAACAGUGAUCAGUUCUGCUGGUCUUGUAAAAUCUGCGAUCCUAAUGCAAACAUGGAGACGAAGGUGAGAUGUUCUCCAUACUCCAACACUGUCUGCAGGUGCAAGGAGGAUCAUUACUGUAACAGGGGUGACAAUUGCAAGACCUGUAAGCCUUGUGGCAAGUGUGAAAAUGAAGUGAAAACAAAAUGCACCGAAACCAACAACACAGUGUGCGAAGAUGCCACUCCAAAAUCAAGUGAGACCGUAAAUAUUGUGGUGCCAAUUGUGGUACUCAUCAUCGUCAUCGGGGUUGGUGUGGUUCUCUUUAUCAUCUAUAAAUGGAGACAGAAAACGGACAAACCAGUCUCAGAUACAGAGGUUGAAUGCCUGAAAGAUGUAGACAUUAACAAAUACCUGACAGAAAUUGUUGAACAUCUGAGUUGGAAGGUGAUGAAACGUGUUGCCCAGCACAGUAGCAUGACUACAGCUACUAUUGACAAUCACGAGAUUAGCCACCCCACUGAUCUGAGAGAACGGACCUAUGGACUUUUGCGGGAUUGGUCCCAGAUGCAAGGUUUAUAUAAAGCCUACCCAGCUCUCAUCAAAUCUCUUAAUGCCAUAAAGGAAAGAAGAACAGCAGAUGAGAUCAAGAAAAUCGUUGAGAAAGGAGAGGCCAAAGCUCAGACAUAGACGGAACAGAUGUACAAUAAAUAUGCACAAUGUUAAAAAUUGUCAUAAUAACAUUUCCUACAAUAUUAAUGUUAAUACAGAGAGUACCCCCAUAUGUCUUUAUUUUGUAUUGUUCAUUUGGAUAUAGUUAGUAUUCUAAAUUUAUGAUGGGAUUAAGGCAUAAAAUGUGUUUAAAAAGGCAUAAAUUCCUGCUUAAAGGCACAAUAUGUAAUUUUUCACCACUAAAAGUCGCCUAUUCAAAACAAAGGCAUAGCUUGAUGAUGCCGAGAUUGAGCACGAAAUCAUGGGAGAUGUCGUCAGCCCUUGGAAAGGAAUCUAAUGGGACUCAGGCAGAAAUCAUGUUCAUGGAUGAGAUUAUUAACGUUACUAUAGUAUGAAGCAGAGCAGGGCCGAGUGCUGUGGGAGUGGAACGAGGCCGCUGGAGCGAGACAAUGAGAGACAAGGGCGACAAACGGCUUGAGAGCCGUGGAACUUUUAUUAUGUCACAGUCCCUGCUUCCACUUCUUCCGGUCAAGCGUAUGAGGUAAUGCAGCGCUGUUUUAUCAUACUAGAUAUAUUUGAGUGUGUUGAAAAUGAUGCUAUAAUGUUACUCUCUGUGUUCGCUCGGCGGCUGCUGUGAGACACUUGUUGCACACUGCAGUAAGCUAGAUCGAUAUUAGAAUAUCAUAUUAAUAAAUCCUGGAUGGCUUGUGUUGCAAUUAAUUUUAAAACAUUGUAUGACAGAGAAAAUGCUGCAUUACUGUUACUAAAAAUAAAGCUGCAUCUGAUUUUCUAUGAGGCAUGGUACAAAUAUGGCCCUUGCGGAAAAUCAAGAAAACGAGAUUCAAACAAUAAGACUAAACAUGUUUAGCUAUAUAACAAUUAGUUUUCUGUCUAUAAAUAUAUCCAAACAGUUGUUCCCUUGUCUAAUAAAACAAUAUAUUAAAGUGUCUUUGGUGUUCCCAUGGUUUCUACAAAAUAAAACCGGAAAUCAAAUUUAACGCGGGUAUGAUAUCAUUGAUAGGCGACAAACAGACAUGGUCUGUGUCCUGGUUAAAAUUGCUUAUUUCUCUGGAUUUAAACAUUCUUGGAAACAUCUGGGAUAAUGAAUAUAAGUACACACGUCAACAAAAUAUAUAACACUCUUCUAGUGGUUUUUGGAUAUUUAAAUCCAAAAAUCUUAUAUAUUGUGCCUUUAAAUUAUUGUGAGUAAUGGUCAAGUGGGCAUGUUGUUUUAGCGAUCUUACAGGAGAGGGCGCCCGCGGAAGAGAGAUGCGGGUGUGGAGGAGAGAGUUUUUGCGAUGGUUGUGAAUCCACGUUGAGUUGUUGUGUACUGAGAAUAAGUUAACAACAUUAAACGAACCCAUCAAAUUAA